UCUAGCAGCAAAAGUCCAGCAGUCCGGUUCCAAAGUAGCGAGCGAUCACAGUUUCGAGUCUGGGAAUUCCGAAUUUCGAAUUUCGAUUGUAUUGGAAAUAAAAAGAAGAAGCAGUAGUUCGAAGUUGGAAAUUUUUGAAGAGCAACGAAAAGCCUAGUCAGCGCCCCUAAGAUGUCGCAGCCACUCAAGUUCUACUUUGAUUUCCUCAACCAAUCGAGCCGGGCCCUCUACAUCCUUUUGGAGGCAUCCAAAAUCCCCUUCGAGGCCAUUCCCAUUUCGAUGCUCAAAGGCGAGCACUUGACCGGUGAGUUCCGGGACAAUGUGAACCGGUUCCGCAAGCUGCCCGCGAUCACGGAUCAUGGCUAUCAGCUGUCCGAGAACGUGGCCAUCUUCCGGCAUUUGGCUCGCGAGAAGCUGGUGCCGGAGCACUGGUAUCCACGUCGCCAUCUCGGCCGCAGCCGGAUCGAUGAGUAUUUGGCCUGGCAGCAGACCAACAUGGGUGUCGCCACCACCGAGUAUUUCCAGCAAAAGUGGCUGGUGCCCUAUCUGCAGAAGACCCGGCCGGCCGAUAAUGCGGUGAAUCUCGCCAGCAAGCAGCUGGAGCACACGCUCAACGAGUUCGAGCAGCUAUUCCUCAACUCCCGCAAAUUCAUGCUCGGCGACAACAUCUCGUUCGCAGACCUCAGCGCCAUCUGCGAGAUCGAUCAGCCCAAAUCCAUCGGUUACAAUACGUUCCAGAACCGCAACAAGUUGGCCCGCUGGUACGAGACGGUCCGCGAGGAGCUGGGCCCCCACUACAAGGAGGUGCUCGGGGAGUUCGAGACCAAGCUGAAGGGCAGUGGCAGUGGGCAGCAGCAGGGCGUGGCCCAGGCGGUGAAGCAAUAGCCGAGGAGUUAGGAACCUCGGACCGUCCACAAAUCUUGUUUAGUUCCCUAAGGCAAUCGACUAUUUAACCGACUAUUAACUUUUUUUUUUUACUUUUGUGAUUAUAUAUGCUCCUCCUAUCCGUUAAGUUUCAACCUUCCCUAACACAUUAUUUUCUUUUAUUCGAUCCCAGAAUUGCUCAUUUGUGUAACUCUGUAUCGUACCUACGAAAUCAAAAACAAAAACCUUAUAUAUAUAAAAUUAGUACUUAGUUGUUAAUUAUGUAUCUUAAUUAUACGUAUAUAAAGAACGCUUAUGAUUGUUAAA